AAAAAUAUAAUUUUUUGCAAUUUGGUGGUUGUUUUUAGUAAAAAAUUGACAGAUAUGGCUUUUGAUGUAGCUUAUUAGCUUCAUGCAGCAGGUUCAUAGAAUCUUUUUUACAAUUUAUGUUUGUCAAUUGCAAUGCAUCUGAUUGAUUGAAUCUACUUGUCCUUUUCUUUUCAGGCUGUGUUCUGUGUUCAGUUUGUUUGGAUGACCUGCCAGAAAACUUGAAUUCUGACGUCAAAUAUGUUAUCAGGAGAAUAGAGAUCUGGUCGUUCAUCACCCAUCACUUGCCCGCCUAACAGAUCCAGGAACACCGCAAAUCAAAUCUCAAAGUCUACCCCAAUCCGCCGGAAUAUGGCUCGAGUGGGUGGUGCUAGGCUACGCUACCGGUGUUGAAUAUCAUGGUGCUCGUCCUAAUGAUUUCUCCAGGAGAGAGAAAGAGACUUGCAGAGAACACAAGUUGGGCCAAAUUUGAGCUUCCAAUUUACGCGAUCCCCUUUUGAGCUUUCCUUUAGCCUUUUUCAAAGUUCUCGGUUGACUGCUCCACUUCAUUCAUCUUCUUUCCGUUUUCAUUAUUCGCUGCCAAAGCCACCGCCUUAGAUGUUUCAUUUAAACCAUUGAAAUAACUGAUCAUGUUCCCUUCCUCUCCAUUAUAGCUCCCUGCAAAGA